UUGGAAAUGAAUGGAGACAUUUGGACGUCUAUGGGCGUCAAUGGCAUCGACUUCCAUAUGCGUCAAUGGAAUCGGGGACAUUUGGGGGACACAUCCUAUUGAUAUCUGUUCAUUUCCAGUUGAUUUGGGGACAUUUGGUUUUUUUUUUGCCAUUGAAAAUUAAUUGGAAAUUUGGACGUCCAUGGCCAUCAAUGGCAUCAAUUUAUAUAUGCGUCAAUGCAAUAGACCCUACUCACCUACGUCACAAAAUGGGCGUGUCGCUGUUUCCGGCCGCCAUACUGUACCUCUUUUUCAGACCUAUUCUCAUUGUUUUCAAUUAGUCGAGCAAGUAAUAGAGCAAUUCAUGGAAGCCCCGGUGUUAUCUGACGCUGUAAACUCAUUGGAUCCGUUGCAUAAAGGCGUUACGUGGAAAAGCUUCAGUUUAUCCAUUCGCCAGAUCCGUAUUUGAUGCCUAAAUCGAUGUUUUUCGACCCGCUGGCUUCGCCUGACAUCUGAUAUCCUGAUAUUUACAACUAUCUUGUCCACACAAAAUCAGCCUAUUCUCACGAAAGUUUGAAAAACUUUAAGAGCUUGGAGGCUUAUAAAUGCUACGUUGCUGGUUGGGUGAAACAGGUCCUCGUCCACGAAAAUUCGGCAGGAAUCUUGUGCUCGGAAGUCAAACAAAGACGAAGAAGAGGAUACGGAACUCAUCGAAUGUGGAGGUAAAACAUCGGGAAAAUGCAGCGAGAAAGAACAAACAACUCGGCCGCGGCUGAAAAGCCUGACCGGGAGGCCGCCAUUAUGUCCAAAUACUACGACGGAGUUGAAUUUCCGUUCUGUGACGAGUUCUCCAAAUAUGAAAAACUUGCUAAAAUCGGACAAGGAACAUUUGGGGAGGUGUUUAAAGCAAAACACAGACAGACUGGAAAAAAGGUUGCACUCAAAAAAGUUUUAAUGGAAAAUGAAAAGGAAGGGUUCCCAAUCACUGCUCUGAGAGAAAUAAAGAUCCUCCAGCUUCUUAAACAUGAGAAUGUGGUAAAUUUGAUUGAGAUCUGCAGAACCAAAGCUACCCAGUAUAACCGAUACAAAGGCAGCAUCUAUCUGGUGUUUGACUUCUGUGAGCACGACCUAGCCGGGCUGCUGAGCAACACAAAUGUAAAGUUCACCCUGUCAGAGAUCAAGAAGGUCAUGCAAAUGUUGCUGAAUGGAUUAUACUAUAUCCACAGAAACAAGAUCCUUCACAGAGACAUGAAGGCAGCCAACGUGCUCAUCACCAGAGAUGGCGUCCUGAAACUGGCCGACUUUGGUUUGGCACGAGCGUUCAGCCUAGCCAAAAACAGCCAAGGGAACCGUUACACCAACCGUGUGGUCACACUGUGGUACCGACCUCCAGAGCUACUGCUGGGUGAACGAGACUACGGUCCUCCAAUUGACCUGUGGGGAGCAGGGUGCAUCAUGGCUGAGAUGUGGACGAGGAGUCCAAUCAUGCAAGGGAACACUGAGCAGCACCAGCUAACGCUAAUCAGCCAGCUUUGUGGCUCCAUCACUGCUGAGGUGUGGCCAGGUGUGGACAAAAAAUACGAGCUGUACCAGAAAAUGGAGCUCCCAAAGGGCCAAAAGAGGAAAGUGAAGGAUCGUCUCAAAGCUUACGUCAAAGACCAGUACGCUCUGGACUUGAUCGACAAGCUGCUGGUUCUGGACCCGGCCCAGCGCACAGACAGCGACGACGCGCUCAACCACGACUUUUUUUGGUCAGACCCGAUGCCGUCGGACCUGAAGAACAUGCUGUCUACCCACAACACGUCUAUGUUUGAAUAUCUGGCUCCUCCCCGGCGGAGAGGCCACAUGCCUCAACAACCAACCAACCAGAACAGAAACCCUGCCACCACCAGUCAGACUGAAUUUGACCGAGUGUUUUAGACUGGAAAGACUUCUGUUUUCUUAAAUAAAGGCGCGCAACUUGUGGAAUGUUGGGUUUGAAAACACAGGACAAGUAGCCUCCUCUGAAGGAUAACUACAUGUUGUUUAAUCACUUCCAUCUAUGUUGCUUGAGCUGCUUGGUCUGGCUGAACAUCAAGUCAAUUCCAAAACGUUCAUAACCUACGUCAUCUUGUGACAUAAUACUUGAGAUACAAGGAACGGAAAGAAACAGCUUUUCUCGCAUUGUUUGGAUUUCUUGAACACCCUUCCUGGACUUUUAAUUUAAAAUCCAAUUGCCUUUUUUUUUUUUUUUUUUGAUAGAUACAGUGUUAUGAGCAAUUUAAAUCUAGAAACUCACACUUCACUCUACAGCAACUGUGACUUACCCAAAAUACAAUGUACAUAUUGGAUCUGUCAAAUACCGUACGCGGUUGUAUAAAUAUUGGGCUUUUGUUCUUCA